AACGAAUCAGAUGUUUUAUAUAUUUCAAAAGUAGGCGAUUCUUAUGACGUUAUAAGACACACGAUUUUCCUAACCAAUCGUUUUGCGUCUCUUGAUCUGACACCGCAGUUUCCAUUGGGGGCGGCUUUUGUAGAAUGUUAUGGAAGAUGUUAUUCGUACUACGACGAGGAGCAAUGUUGAGUGCAACAAAGACAAUGUCAUGGACCCUUACUAGGGCCUCAUUUCCCCUUUUCACCAAUGGGGUCCAACCAAUAUUGCUGAGAUGUCCCCAAAGGUCUCAACCCCUCUACACAAGUCUCUCACGCUUGAGCAGCAAAUCAGCCCAGGAGAAAACAGCAGAGUCCAGUCCAGUUGAAGAGAAAGUAUACCUCAGUGCAUCAUGUGUUAAGAGGCUAAGAGAGAUCAUGGAUAAGGGACAGUACCUGAGAAUACAGGUGGAAGGGGGAGGCUGCUCUGGGUUCCAGUACAAGUUUAUCAUUGACAGUACCAGGAACGAGGAGGACAGCGUGUUUGAGCAGGGAGGGGUAGGGGUCAUUGUGGACGAAGACAGCCUGGAGUUUGUGAAAGGCUCUACACUGGACUAUACUCAGGAGCUGAUUCGCUCCUCCUUCCAGAUGCUGAAAAACCCUCAGGCAGACCAUGGCUGCUCCUGCGGAACCUCCUUCUCAGUCAAGUUAUGAGACUGUGGGUCUGAGACUUGCAGCUUUCAACCCCUCCAUCCCUCACUAAGUCAUAAUGUAGGCAUUUUAUUUGAAAUUAUAUAUUCAGAAACCGUGUGUUCACAGGUGCAUAAGUUAUUCCACAAUUCACAGAUGAUCCUCAUAACAACUCUGCAACUGACAACAUUUAAAGAAUGCUGUAGCCUAUUUUUUGGGAAAGUAUGCUUGGUUACAAAUUUAACAAAGUGGAUGAGAAUCAGACGUGCUUGGAUGUAUUUACAAAUUGAUGCAUUGGUUUUCAGCGUUCUGUUUCACUACGAUAUUAAAAACGAUGUUAUAUUGAUUAUAUAUUUAUACUGAAUGAAGAUUAUGCUUUGGAGUAGUUUGAAUGUAAAAGAGUGCAUCCCAUAAAGAAUGUAGGUCAUGUCUCUAUGAAUAAAAGUGUCAAAAUGACAGCAAAUGUA